ACUACUACUACUACUUGUUUCUCUCUCCUUUUUAACCGUAAUUUCUUUUCAAGAUUCUCUUUUAAACAAAGAGGGCAAAGCCAUGGAGAUUGACCAGUUAAAGUCUGCAACAGAAGAGCAGAUGGAGAUGAUGAUGAUGAUGAUGCAGAUGGACAAGUUCCCCGAGUUUUACGGCACCUAUAACAAUGUGGCUGAAUUGCCCCCAACUGAAACUGAUGCAAGUAGUGGCACCACCAUUGGUUCCAUGACUCAUUUCAUUGAUAACUCACAAGUUGCUUCACCUUCACCUUCUCUUAUGAACCAACCAUCCACCAUCUCAUUUACUGGCACAUAUCCAGUUCAAGGGCCAAGUUUUUUAUCCUAUUCAACAAAUGAAAGAUUUUGGAGAGGUGGUGUGGAUUUAGCAGGUGCAGAUUCUUAUUCUACUCCAUCACAGAAGCGGAACGUGUCGAUGGCAGCGAUGAGGGAAACCAUCUUUCGAAUUGCAGCCAUGCAGCCAAUUCAUAUAGACCCAGAAUCAGUGAAGCCACCAAAGAGAAGGAACGUUAAGAUAUCAAAGGAUCCUCAAAGCGUCGCAGCAAGACAUAGAAGAGAGAGGAUAAGUGAGAGAAUAAGAAUACUUCAACGACUUGUCCCUGGAGGAACAAAAAUGGACACGGCCUCAAUGCUAGACGAAGCAAUUCACUAUGUCAAGUUUUUGAAGACUCAAGUGCAAUCACUGGAAAGAGCUGCAGCUAAUAGACCAACCGGAAUAGGGUUCCCUGCCCCACUGUCGUCGAACGGCUGUUAUCUUUCUAUGGGAAAAUCAUACAACGGUCAGCAUUUUGGAGAUGCUUAAUUUAAAAAAAAAAGAAAAAAAAACAGUUAGCUAGCUAGCUCAAGUAUAAAUGCUGCAAUAUUGUUCUAGUAAUGAUCCAUGUUGGUUCA